ACUGUCAAGUUAAGUGACAACCGCAGACUUGUUUAUGGAUGAAAAAAGUAAAAACAUUUAUUAAUUUUUUUUUUAUCCAAGCCAGUAGAGGAAGUAUUUCAGAGCUCUCUACGCCGGCGAGAUUUUAAUGCUAACAGGAAUUCCCAAGUGCUUUUACUUUCGAUUUAAGCACAUUUUCAUUUAGGCGUCACAUCAGUAUUCAAAGACAUGGUAAACACACAAGUCACAGAAAUCACCACUAUGGAAACAUCACUUCCCAAAGAAAAUGGAAAUAAGGCCCACAGGGAAAGAACUGGACAAAGGGGAAUAAAACGAUCCAUGAACGGGAACCUUCCAUGUAGCAUAAGCAUCAAACCGGGGCAAAUUCAGCAGAUCUCUCAAGGUAGAAACCCAAUUUCAGUACUGAAUGAAGUAUUCACCUCCUUAAAUUUUGAAGUUGAAAGUGUGACUGGCCCACCUCAUAGCCCAGCAUUCCUUUUGUCUCUCUCUAUAAACAGUUUCGACCAAAAAUUUUAUGGAUCAGGGCCUUCAAAAAAGGCUGCAAGAAAUGCUGCAGCAUUAAAUGCUCUGAACGAUAUUUUUAAAUUAAAGACCUUAUCAGAUAAUGGUUCUCAGGUCCUGGAUGAUGCAUUGUUACUAAGUAAACAUAAUAACAAUAAUAAUAUUUUGGAUGCUGAUGAGUGUACCAAUGAAGUCACAAAAGUCACUAUUGAAGGUGAAGAUGAGAAGCCAGUCCCACCUAAACGAGAAAAGACAGAAAUCAAUUUAACUGACAAAAAUCCAGUUUCCAUUUUAAACGAGUUGCGUGUAGGCUUGAAAUAUGAAGUGGUAAGCUCGUCUGGCCCACCACACAGUCCUAUUUUUACGGUAUGUGUUGUGGUGGAUGGCCAAGAAUACUACGGUACUGGCGCCUCUAAAAAGGCUGCCAGAACUAGAUCAGCAGAAGAGGCUUUAAAGGCAUUUAUACAAUUUCCUGAUAAUGUUACAAUAGUUUCCACUUCCAUGAGAAGCAGAGAAGGGAACAAAAUAGAUUUUACCAGUGACAAAGUAGAGAAUGUGCCACGAGCGCCUAGAGACAAAAACCCAGUUAUGUUGUUAAAUGAACUUUACCCUGCCGCAGUCUACAGUUACACGUUUAAUGAGGCAGAUUCUGUAAAUAGAUUUAAAGCUUGUAUUAAUAUUAAUGGUGAAACAUAUUCUGGAACCGGCUCAAGCAAAAAACACGCUAAAGCAUCCGCUGCCAAAAUCGCAUUAGUAAAAUUAAUUAAUUAUACUCCAACCGCGAGCGGAUCUUACAUCGGACAAUCGGAUAUUUACUCACAUACAUCUCCCGAAAAUAUGUUAAAAGCAGAUGAAAUUGGAAGAAUGGUAAAUGAUAAAUUCGCGGAAAUUAUUACUGGAGAUAUGCAGCAUUCACGCAGAAAAGUGCUGGCAGGCAUAGUAAUGACCCGAGGUCCCACAAUGGCGGGCGCAGAAGUAAUUUGCGUCACCACCGGAACGAAAUGCGUUUCUGGCGGCCACAUAUCUCUUAACGGAUCUUCCCUAAAUGAUAUGCACGCAGAGAUUAUUGCUAGGCGUUGUUUGGUGAAUUUCUUCUAUGAUCAGCUAAAUCUUCUUACAAAUGAAGAGACCUGUGAAGCUUCAAUAUUUAUCCAAAAAGACGAUAAAAAAGGAUACAGAUUAAAAGAUGAUAUUGAGUUUCACCUGUAUAUCAACACAGCUCCGUGCGGUGACGCGAGAAUCUUCAGUCCGCAUGAAGACUCUUCGGUAGAUCGGCACCCGAACAGAAUAUCUCGAGGAUUGUUGCGUACCAAAAUCGAAUCCGGAGAAGGAACUAUCCCGAUCAAGGGCGGUUCCGGUAUUCAGACUUGGGAUGGAAUCAUUCAGGGUGAACGACUUCUUACGAUGUCUUGUUCCGAUAAAAUAUGCAAAUGGAACGUUCUUGGUCUCCAAGGAGCUCUAUUGUCACACUUUAUUGAGCCGAUUUAUCUUAAGAGUCUCGUCUUGGGUAGUCUGAUGAAAGAACCUCAUUUAUACAGAGCUAUAUGCGGGCGAGUUGAAAACACCUUACAGGGGCUUCCGCCCCCAUUUCUCCUGAACCGGCCGCAAAUGCUAAAGGCGACGUCCGUCGAAACAAGACAGGCUCAAAAGGCUCCCAAUUUUGCAGUCAUCUGGAUGUGCGGCAUGGAGAAGCCCGAAAUUGUUUCGACUGAAAAGGGAAAACCAGAACAAUCGGAGGUUUCGAUUGUUUGCAAACAGAAAUUGGCACAGCGGUUCAUUAAUUUGUUCGAAAAAUUGCCUCUGGUUACGAAUGAGAAGGUGUCGUUGAUGUCGUAUUACGAUGCAAAGGAGUCAAUACACACUUAUGUGGCAGCUAGAACAGCCCUCUAUGAAGCGUUUAGAAAGGCACAGCUUGGCAACUGGGUUACCAAACCUCUAGAGCAAGAUUUGUUUGGAUUUUCGGAAUCAUGUCAGUAAAACUCGAAACAGCAACUACAAGAAAACGUAAAAUCGAUAUCAAUUAGAACGUAGUAUUAAGUUUUGUGAUUGAUUUGAGUCCAUUAAGAUACAAGUCCUAUAAAUAUAAGGAAUAUGUUAGUUUUAUUAAAUUUUUGUGAUAGUACAAACUAUGAUUUAGAUUAUAUAAUAGUAGACUCUUUAUAAUUGAUAGCUUAUCUGUCAUUUUUAAGGAUACAAUUGAAUUUCUUUAGAAUUUUUCCGUUGAGAGUCUUAUUAACAAAAAACAUAGUGCAUUUUAUUUAGAGGUGAUACCAAUUUGUUGUCAAACGCAUGUGGCCAUUACAAAAUUUACACUAUCAAUUACAUAUUUUUAGCAUUGCUCAUGGUAAAAUCUUGUCAAAACAAUUUAAAAUCUUAUUUCCUCUUUUCAAUGUAUACUUUACACAGAACUAUUAUUUCCUUGAUGAUUUACUUACCUAAACAUGCUAUUAAAUAACGCAAUAAGUUUUAACAUCUCACAUGUUAAUUGUUAUUUUUUACACCUCAUGUAUUUUUGUGAAAUAAUUUGCUGCUUUUGCUACUUUUAUAGUGUAUAUAAACUAUUCUAAAGAUUAAUAAAAAGAUUUAAGUGGU